AUGGCGGCGGUGACACCAUUAGCGAAAUUCAAGCUCGUCUUCCUCGGAGAUCAAUCCGUAGGCAAGACCAGCAUCAUCACUCGUUUCAUGUACGACAAAUUCGAUACCACCUAUCAGGCAACAAUUGGGAUUGAUUUUUUGUCAAAGACAAUGUACCUUGAGGAUAGGACUCUUCGUCUCCAGCUAUGGGAUACUGCCGGGCAGGAAAGAUUUCGAAGUCUGAUACCAAGUUAUAUCAGAGAUUCCUCUGUUGCUGUCAUUGUCUAUGAUGUUGCAAAUAGGCAAUCGUUCUUGAACACAUCGAAGUGGGUUGAAGAUGUUCGUACAGAGAGAGGUAACGAUGUUAUAAUUGUUCUGGUGGGUAACAAAACAGAUCUUGUUGACAAGAGGCAAGUGUCGAUAGAGGAAGGAGAUAACAAAGCUCGUGAUUUUGGAGUGAUAUUCAUAGAGACGAGUGCAAAAGCAGGAUUUAACAUCAAGCCACUAUUCCGAAAGAUUUCAGCAGCAUUACCAGGAAUGGAUACACUCUCUUCAGCCAAACAAGGCGAUAUGGUUGAUGUCAACCUAAAGUCAUCUAACCAUUCGUCUCAAGCGGAUCAACAAAGUGGUGGCUGCGCCUGUUGA